CAGAAGUGCUCUCUCUAUCCACGUUCGGCCCACGCAGUCUCUGAUUUGCUGAGUAGUGAGGGGAGUGUGUCCGUGUGUGUCGCACGCUUUCCUAAACUAUCUUCCCUUUGUCACUCUGUGGACUGAAUCUGCCUGACGCCGAAGGGGUUUCGAGGACAUCUCCGGAUUUGACUGUGCAUGUGCCUGUAAGACUGUUGCAUCUUUCUGAUGGCUGCCUCGGGCUCUGACGCCACCAACGUGCCUGUGGGUUUCCACUACGAGACCAAAUAUGUCGUCCUCAACUACCUUGGCCUGCUCACCGCCUCGCGGACACACGCCCACGAUGACUUGUCCUUAGGGGAUGGAGAGAGCAGGAGAGAGAGGAACAGAGUGAUAAAGGGAGAGAUAGAGGAUGAGCUGAGGAAACUAGAAGAUGAGAUCUCAGCCUCCUUCACCAGCACAGGCUUCGACUGCCACACGUCUCCUGUGUUCAGCCCCGUCAACCCAGAGAGCUCCAUAGAAGACUGUCUGUCCGCUCUCGGGGACCGCGUGGUCCAGGAGCUGGACACACACCUGGACACCGCAACACACACACUCCUCAGCCGCCCCCUGGACUAUGAGCAUUUCCGAGACGUGGUGUUUGAGAUCUCCUGCCACUCUCAGGGAGGCUGGAACAAGGUUCUGGUUCCCCUGGUGCUGCUCCAGGCCCUGCAGGCGGAGGGCCAGAGCCUGGUCAGCCUGCUGCCUCUGGGGGUUCGCUUCCUGGAGGAGGCUGAGGCCUACUACAUCAUCCAGCAGGGGGGAUGGGGUACAGUGUUUAGCCUGGAGGACGAGGAGGAACAGGGCGUGAUCAUCGCCGAGGACAGCAACGACAUCUACAUCCUGUCUGGGGAGCAGCUUCCUGGCCAGCUGAGUCCGCCCGCGUCGCUGCUGGCCGCUGGAGACAGCAGUGAGCCCUGCUCCUGGCAGACGGAGAGCUUGCCCGUGUCCCUAGCAGGCCACGAGUCCUGGGCACAGGUGGAUAUGAUGGACCACCCUGAAGACGUGAAGAGCCUGGACAGCAUCGAGGGCGUGGCCUUGGCGGAGGAACGCAGCGAGAACAACUCCUCCAACUCUGACAUCGUCCACGUGGAGCGCGAGGAGGCGGAGCUCCUGGAGGGGGGCGGGGUGGAGGAGAGCAUGAUGAGCGUGCUCGGGACCGACAGCGAGCUGGCCGAGCUGAGGGCCGAGUUCAGGGACGUGUCGCCGCCGCCGCCGCACGCUCCGGAAACCGCGGCAACAGGCCCGUCGUCCCUGGUGUCUCUCGAGGAGCCCGUCGACAUAGAGACGCCCGUGAGUCUGACGGACGCCGUUCCAUCUGUCGCCGCCGUGCAGGCACAGCCUCCGGCCCCCGCUGAGGAGGCCCAGACCGCCGCGCCGAUUCUGGAGGCCCAACCUGAGGCCCCCCCAGCCCCGGUGGAGGCUGCGCCCCCAUCCCCGGCCAAGGCCCCCCCUACCCCGCCUCCCCCAGCACCAGCAGAACCAGAACCAGACCUCUCAGCUCCUCCUGAGGCCACUGCUGCCCCAGACCCGCCCCAGCUCGAAGCCCCGCCCCCGGCAGAGACCGUACCAGAACCGGUGGCUGCCCCCCUCCUGGCCGCGCCCCCCGCGCAGGACCCCCCCGAGACCCCGACGCAGGACCCCCCCGAGACCCCGACGCAGGAGCCCCCCGCGCAGACGGAACCGGAGCCAGACUCUGGAGAGCUCCCCGUGCUGCUGUACGGCGGCGCCGCCCUGGUGGCCAUCGCUGCCGUGGUCGCCUACACGGCCCUGACGUACCGGAGGAAGUAGCCGGGCCGCCCCUGGGUCCUAAACCAACACAUGUUCAUGCCUCACAACAGACUGGAGGCCUGUACACACCUCUCAGACUAGGAGUGGUGAACUAGGAUCAGCCGUGCCUUUAGAAGAAGAGGGUGCGUGACAAGGCUAAAAGCUGAUCCUAGACCAGCGUUCCUCCUCUAAGAUGCUCUGUCGGGACCCAGGGCUGCUGUGUGCCUAGUCAGGUGAAUGCUCACACCGUGGGGGAAACGCGUCUCUCUCUGGUUCUCCGCUUCCUGUUCCUGUUUUUUUGCUCCAACGCAUCUCUCCGACCGGAACGGACAUUGUAUCUAUGAGUUAUAAUUUCUUUCCCUUUCACUCUCAUUUGGCCUAUCUGUUGUUUGUGGGGUUUUUGUUUGUGUGGGAGAGGGGUGUGGUGCUGGUAUGCUGCCAUGUGAAAGAGCACACUAGUGAGGUGUAAUUUCCUACUCACUCUAAGCUGCAGCUUGGCUAGGAUAUCUCUCUGUUCUCAUGCGCUCUGGGUCUGAGGCCCAGUGGGUCCGGGUGCAGUUUUAGUCUCUUACAAAAAAAAUCAUGUUUCAGAGAAGGGAACCAACUCAUACGCAGUAUUCCUAUGUCUAAGAACCGUUAAUAUCAUGUAUGUUUUGCCCGUGAGGAGCAACUGUUAUUUUGUUUUUAGAAUUAGGAAUCCUUUGAAUACCACAUGUACUUAUCCCUGAUGUGCCUGGUAGUUAAAUCAAUUAUUUUGUUAGUAUUUCGAUGUAUUUGAGCCCCUUGUGGAUAAACAGAUUGUUGACACAGCACUUGACAUCACUAUAAAAUGUGAAGCAGA